UCACAUGUUUGGGGUGUUACAAUUGACCAAUUCCGAGACCCCUCUAGGAACAAUUGAUCAGCCCGCGCACUCUGGAUUCUCAACAAUCGUUUCUGCCGCAAGUAGGUGGUGAUAUUGUAUACUAAAAACGUGCAAACAUGGAAAUGCCAAAAAGGAUAGAGUUGGAGUCGAGGAAGAAACCGACGUGUGAGAUUUUGGAGUUGAACCUUGAUAACUGCAGAGCCACACAAGUUGAAGGACUUACAGAUGAAUAUACAAAUCUCAAAAGUCUUAGUCUCAUUAAUGUUGGGCUCACCACAUUAAAAGGAUUCCCAAAUCUACCAAAUCUAAAGAAAUUGGAACUAAGCGACAACAGAAUUUCUGGGACACUCAACCAUCUUGCAGGAUGCCCAAAGCUGGAACACUUGACAUUAAGUGGGAACAAAAUCAAAGAUAUUGAAACAUUAAAACCAUUGGCAGAGCUGGAGAAUCUAUCAAAUUUAGAUUUAUUUAACUGUGAAGUAACAGCAUUAGACGACUAUAAAGAGAAAAUGUUUGAAUUGCUACCUAACCUAAAUUUCUUAGACGGUUACGACAAGGAUGACAGAGAGGCUGACGAGGAUGAAGAUGAAGGUGUUGAUGGUGAAGUAGAUGAGGAGGAAGAUGAUGAAGAAGAAAAUGAAGAUGAUGAAGAGGAGGAUGGAGAAGAUGAUGAUGAAGACGACGAUGACGAAGACGAUGAUGAAGACUUGGAUGAUGAUGAUGAAGUACAAGACAUUGAUGAUGAUGAAGAAGAUGAUGAGGAUGCCUCAGCACUCCAAAUGUUACAGAAAGACAACAUUGAGGAUGAUUCAGAAGGAGAAGACUUUGAACCCGGAGAUGUAGAUGAGGAUGAAGAUUUUGAUGAAGAUGAGGAUGAAGAAGGAGAAGUAGUCCCCCAGGGUGUGAAGAGGAAACGAGACGAUGAAGUGGAAGAUGAGGAAGAUGAUUAGUUCACACACAUGGGGAAGAGGGGGUCUAUCAUUUCAUUGUCAUUUAAAUAUUCAUCUCCAUUUUCAUCUUAAACUCCAUCCAAAACAUGGAUUGAAAGACAAUGAGUCAACAUUCUCUCAUCAUCAUAUUAUGUAUAAUAAUUGACUUUGUGUGUUGACGAGAACUGACUUGCUCUGUGAGGAGUUUCUUGGCGGCUUCAAUUGCCUGUAUCCUCCCAAUAUUGGAUCCACACAGGAUGUUCAGGAUUACCUGUUUAGUGUUUCAUUCAUCUGAAUUUGAAAUGAGGAAAAUAUAUUGCAUUCAUCUUAAAAUUUACAAUGCUUGUUAGUCAUAUGAUUUGAAUGUGGAAUUUUCAGGGAUAAUUUUGUGAUAAAGUUUCUGGAUCUUGACUUUUAUUCUUACUUCAAACUUCAAAAAUGUAUGGUACAUGAAAAUCUUAUCAACUUUCUUUAAAAAAAAAGUUUUAUCAAAUAAUAUUCAUGACACAGAAUUAUCCCAGUUUUUUCCUCAAAUAUGAUAAACAUUUUGUUGUAAACAUGAAAAUGAAAAAGGCUUACUUCAAGUUUAAGCAACAUUUCAAAUUAAGAAGAAUAGUGAUAAGACUGGACAGAAUCCAGGACCACCACUUGUGAUUGCAUCUGACCUGACUUCAAGUUAUUGGAGGGUGUACACGUAUUAGUAUGGACUAAUUUGGUUUGCUGUCGACAUGGAAACGCCUGCCAUUGAUGAAGUUUGGGGAAAUGAAUGUGAUUGAUUUGUAAAAUACUACAGACAGAAGCUGUACUACACCUGUUGAAUUUUCUGUUUUGGAAAAUAAUUUGUAGAUAUGAUAUGUUUUCUGUAAACAGAUAAAAAUUGUAAGCGAUUAAUUUCUUUGGGCGAUAAUUGGCUAUUUUAUUGUUUCAUGGUUGUUAUAAGACACCGAAAUAAUCGUUGAGAUUGUUUUGUAAAAAUGGGAAAUACUAUUAAAUCCGUGAAAUUAUCGUAUUUAUCCUGCUAUAAACCUAAGGUAAAACAUUUUCAUGACAUGGAUUUGGGUUUAUUUAAUAUGAUAUGAAUUUUAUAUGAAAAGCAAUAUACAUCCCUGUGGAAUGUGUGCGAUGUCAUUGUGCCAUUAUAUAUCAGUCGGUGCUCCAAUAAGUCGUACAUACAUACAGGUGGGCUUGUUUCAAGAUCUGGGUUUAUUGUUGGAUGAAUAUGAACAUUCAUGAAAUGAUGAAAUAUCCAAUUAUACCAUACCGUUUCUGACUGAUGCUUUGUUUUGUUAAGAUUUGAAAAGUGCCUGAUCUCUCCCAUUGUGAAUGUAUUCAAAUUUGUUUACAAAGAAUUCUUGAAUUCUUUUGAAAUUUUAAUCUCUGUUGACUAUUAACUGGUCCGAACUCUUUAUUCUAUAUAGCAAAAGGAGUUUUAAAACAUUCAUUUUGGGUUGGAGUUUUGUUGGUACAUAAUUAUGAGUGUUAUGUAAAGGAUUUUGAAAGCAUGUUUGAUGUGGAAGGGAACGUAUUUCUUGCACAAAUCACUGUUUGGAAUGAUUGCUGAGGAUCUUCUCAUGAAUGUCUUUUGAAAGUUUGCAUUUAGCCACCGUAUUGUUCUACUGGAAGAGAUGUGAAUUAGAGUUAUUUAACCAAACCAAUUAUGACUCUGUAGAAUAGUGUUGGGAAAUGAAAUGAUGAAAAAGUGUUAAUUUUACAUUACAUCUUCAUUAUUUAUUUAUUCAGUUGAAAUGCUGUGAAAAUUUCAAACUUUUGAAAUGACACGUUUUUUCUGCAUUUGAUAAAAAUAAACCUGUUAGAUGGUCGAUAUUUAGUUUAUAACUUUUCUUGUGAAGAUUUUUGUGGUGCAACUAUUCUGAAAAAAGUCUGUACAGUCCAGCCCUUUGAUCCAGCAACCACAAGACUGGUCAGUCUUAAGUUUUACAUGACAAUAUUGGCAAUCAAACUAUCUUCCUGGUCACUUUAAGCUUGGAACAAAGGGCUGAUCGACUGAAGAAAGAAUCUACCGCAUAUUUGAUCAGACAGGGUUUUUACUUGACUCUUAACUUUGUGUAUUUGGCUCUGGAAAAAUGGAAAAAUUAGUUGCGACUGUUAAGUUCAAAUUUUGUGAUUUAAUUUCUCAUAUUGCUCCGUGUCAAAAGAGUCGACUGAAAGCCCUGUAUCUUGAGAAAUUAAGACCGAUAUUUUUAGAAUGUCACAAAAUACACGUGUUCACAAAUGUUGGGUUGGUGGAGAUAACUCUGAGCGAAGAUUUGGGUCAGCCAAGACUGUCUUGGGUGUCCAGAUGUUAGAGUGUGGGGAGAUAUCCUCGCAUGGUAAACCAUACUCUUGGACCAAUAUUUGUUUUGGUCUUUGUAAAUAAAUAGAAUGCAUCUUUAUAUGCAAAUAUAAGUAAAAA